AAUAUAUGAAAUUUAAAAAAUUACAGUGAACGGAAGGGGGCAAAAUUUUAAGUUUUCUCUGAGUAAUGCAAAUUUUGUGUUUUCUCGGUGUUCUUAGUAUUUUGAGAAUUUCUCCACAAAAACUUGAUCAAAUUCAAAUAAAAAGGUGAUAUUCGGAAUCAGCGCAUUCAGGAGUAUCUGAAUAUGUAGCUUUCGACCGAAAGCUAAGAUAGUGCUGCAUUUUUGCAUUGCGGGCACCUUAUAUAAAAUAUCUUUUUUUCAAAAUGUUCAUAACUUUGUCAGGAAAUGACCGAUGGUCAAAACAAAUUUUCUACAUAGAUAAUUCGACUGAUUGUAUAACCCGGACAACCCAGAAAUGAAUUUUAAGAAAAAAAGUUUUUGACUGUGAAAAUCCUGUCUCAGGGGAGCUAAGGGCAGCUGCGACCGUUAUAUUCGGGAUCAGCACCAUCGAUUCUCCAUAUCCCCUUUUGUUUCAUCGAAACAGCGAUUUGUAACUUGGGGCGUUUCCCUCGUGAGUGGGGACCGCGUAUUACGAACCCAUAUAGACAAAGCAGUCUAUCCGAUAUGAUUUUCUUUCCGUCGUAACGCAAAAUCAAAGCAGUAGAUCGUCACGUCGCAUUAGGCAUCAUCUUCUUGCGUCGUGACGCAGUAUGGUUUGAAGUUUCGUGCGUCACAUCGCAGGAGACAUUGUAACUCUCUUUUACACUUUUCAGACAAUGGUCCUAAAUCUUCAGUUCUUAACAAACUUUUCGUCUGAAAAUACCUGAAGAUUCUGUUUUCCAUUGCUCAACACGUCACAGUCGUCUUUACUCUCUAAAAAGAAAAGGUACUCUACCGAACCUAAAAAGGGUCACCAUCUAUAUACCCUUUUAAAGUUUCACACAAACUACGAAACCCUUUAAGGUUUCGUACAGCACCCUAAAUCCGUCGUUAGAAAACAUUUGUGUAAAAACACAAAAAAAAGUGUUUUCUUAUUGUUCCCAAGCUUUGCCCAGUCACGGAUUUAGUUAAUUAAAACGGUAUAUAGUUUGUACGAAACCUUGAAAUGGUGACAAAAUUUUAAACCCUUUUUAGGUUCGGUAGAGUACCCUUUUUUUAGCGAGUAUAUGCAGUCUCUAGUGACCACUAAGAAACUUCGUAUUUUCAAAAAGGUGAAUUUGGCAAAGAAGUUUCCUAGUGGCACGACGCGCGGAUAAAUUUAUUGUUUCAGUUUUUUAGUGCCUCUACCGGAGACCUCCUCAUUGGCCGCGAAGAUCGCUUAUAUUAGACUUAGUAGAAUUAGAGUUGCUCUUCCAUUUCUGAACAGAGUAAAUGGGGCUUAAAAAAGCUGGACUCAAAACUGGUUCAGAUAAGUGUGUAUUAGUUACAAAAAAGCAGAAAUUGUACAGGCAUUCAACAUGUCGUAUCUCGCCUGUUCCAACUUUUCAACCACAAAAUUUCCUGAUUUUUUUGAAGACUUUUUUAGUCUUGUAUCAGAAGUAGCCAGUAUAGGACUAGGACUGAGGCGCAGUACAAAUGUCUAGUAGACUAGUAAGAUAAGGAUUAAGAUUCAUCAAAGAGAAGAAAUAGACUCGGAAAGAGCACAUGACGUGCGUCAUGACGCAAAACAAAACUGUUGUAUUUAGGAAAUUCACUUCUUUGUGCUCACGACGCAAAAGAACACAUUUUAUUCAACGCCGUAAAACACAUUACAUUUUAACACAUUAAAUUUUGACGUUUUGAAAAAAAAGGCGAGUAGAAAAAAUACUGCUUUUUUUUAUUUUUAUAGCGUAUCUUAUGGAUAAAAUGUCUUUCUGCGUGUCUCUUUGCGAGUUAAGAUCGAAUAUUUCGAACGGAAAUCGUGUUAGACAGCUGAAAAUCGCAGCGAAGAGAAAAGUCUUCAUGGCCAAUUCGAGUAUAACUACGAGCAUCCUCUCACAUCGGUCCAUCCAGGUUUUUCACUUAAUAUUCUUAGACAACGACAGCUGAGCCAUGUGUGUUUUGAGAAAUAUACUCUACAGAAAUAGUGAGAAAGCCGUGCACUCAGAUUCUACGUCAACUGACGUAGAAGUACGUUAAGAACUGGGUGAAUUGAAGAUGAGCGUUGUAUCACUGUACACUAGAUAAUUUAAUUGAAUUCUCUUGCUACUUCUUUGCAGACCAGCUACUGGUAGAAAUGCUACAAGUCCGAAAGAAGAUGAGGCACAACUAUUGGCGGCUUCAACAGAAUGGAUUCGACGAUUUAAUAUGGCCGAUUUCAAAUAUGUAGUUGAUACAUAUUUACCCACGGCAAAACUGUAUGCUCGCAAUGCUGGUGCUGCAUCACUACCACUUAUUGGACGAGAGCAAAUCGGCAAGUUUUGGAAUAACUUUUACAAGGAAACUAAUGCAACAAACUUAAUUUAUUAUGAUCGGAAAAUCGUCAUAACUGGUCCAGGUCGUGGUGAAUCAUCAUCGAGAUGGACAAUGAAUGUUGACGAUGGAUUUAUUGAUCGAGAAACAUGGGUGAGAAAUUCAGAGACUGGAAUAUGGUCGAUUGCUUUUGACGACUUUACAGUAGAACAAAGUUAUAUUUCUGGCUUUGAGCUGACAAUGAACAUUUAG